UCUACAGUCAAAACAAGAAGAAGAACCCAUUCCAACGCUAUGUAGCUAGCUGGCUACCAAAACCUCCGUAUGUGUUUGCAAGUUCAUAUAUAUCUCAGGGUUUUAUGCAUUUAGUGUCGGAGUUGUUUUGACAAAAUGCAUAACGUCAGGAUUUCCAUUCCAUCGUUCCGUUCAGAGGAUAAUCCGAUUGAGAAAGGGUACACGGUAAGAGAUCUUGAAUGUCCUCUGCACCAGUAACGUUAAGCCUGAGCAAAAACCGCAGAACAACAAUCAUAACAUUGCAGGUUUGCAACAAAUGGUUGAAAACAAACCAAGAGUAUCUUAGCUAUUUACAUUUGAGUAAUGUUAGCUACUAUAAAGGCAAACUUGACGUGACUAGAGUGGGAGUAGAGAAGACCCGGUUGGGCGCGAACCAUUCCGUUCUAUAACAUAUUGACCAGAGACCGUAGAAACAGAUUUUGACUGAUACAGGGGCUUGCGAAAGUAUUUUCCCCCCUUGGCAUGUUUCCUAUUUUGUUGCCUUACAACCUGGAAUAAAAAUGGAUUUUUUGGUGGUUUGUAUCACUUGAUUUACACAACAUGCCUACCACUUUGAAGAUGCAAAAUAUUUGUGAAACAAACAAGAAAUAAGACAAAAAAAACAGAACUUGAGUGUGCAUAACUAUUCAUCCCCCUUAAACCACUCGAGUGUUGCUUUAGCAGUAUGCUUAGGGUCAUUGUCCUGCUGGAAGGUGAACCUCCGUCCCAGUCUCAAAUCUCUGGAAGACUGAAACAGGUUUCCCUCAAUAAUUUCCCUGUAUUUAGCGCCAUCCAUCAUUCCUUCAAUUCUGACCAGUUUCCCAGUCCCUGCUGAUGAAAAACAUGGAUGGUGUUCUCGGGGUGAUGAGGUGUUGGGUUUGCGCCAGACAUAGCGUUUUCCUUGAUGGCCAAAAAGCUCAAUUUUAGUCUCUGACCAGAGUAACUUCUUCCAUAUGUUUGGGGAGUCUCGUGUUUGCUUAAAAUGUGUUUGCUUCUUUUUAUCUUUAAGAAAUGGCUUUUUUCUGGCCACUCUUCCGUAAAGCCCAGCUCUGUGGAGUGUACGGCUUAAAGUGGUCCUAUGGACAGAUACUCCAAUCUCCGCUGUGGAGCUUUGCAGCUCCUUCAGGGUUAUCUUUGUUGCGCCUCUGAUUAAUGCCCUCCUUGCCUGGUCUGAGUUUUUUGGUGGGCGGCCCUCUCUUGGCAGGUUUGUUGUGGUGCCAUAUUCUUUCCAUUUUUUAAUAAUGGAUUUAAUGGUGCUCCAUGGGAUGUUCAAAGUUUCUGAUAUUUUUGUAUAACCCAACCCUGAUCUGUACUUCUCCACAACUUUGUCCCUGACCUGUUUGGAGAGCUCCUUGGUCUUCAUGGUUCCCCUUGCUUAGUGGUGUUGCAGAUUCUGGGGCCUUUCAGAACAGGUGUAUAUAUACUGAGAUCAUGUGACAGAUCAUAUGACACUUAGAUUGCACACAGGUGGACUUUAUUUAACUAAUUAUGUGACUUCUGAAGGUAUUUGGUUGCACCAGAUCUUAUUUAGGGGCUUCAUAGCAAAGGGGGUGAAUACAUAUGCACAUACCACUUUUCCGUCAUUUAUCUUUUAGAAUUUUUUGGAACUAGUUAUUUUUUUCAUUUGACUUCACCAAUUUGGACUGUUUUGUAUAUGUCCAUUACAUUAAAUCCAAAUAAAAAUCCAUUUAACUUACAGGUUGUAAUGCAACAAAAUAGGAAAAAUGCCAAUGGGAAUGAAUACUUUUGCAAGGCAUUGUAGCUUUGACAGGAUGUGAAACUUGGAAGUCUUUAACAAAUUGCCUCUCUUCCCUACUGUUUCCCUUUGAUAGCAAAGUCACGAAAGAGCAGUUUUGUCUAACUAGUGUAUUGUUUUAAAUGGCCAUAACUGUCAAAUGUGAAUUUGUUCAAAGCAUUUUGUCAAAUCUAUUGGCCUGUACAUUCACAUUAAUUUCACAUUUCUGUGGAUAUUUUUCAUCCCUAGGUCUUUAAAAUCGAGGUGUUAAUGAAUGGCAGACAGCAUACAGUGAAGAAGCGCUACAGUGAAUUUCAUAAUCUGCAUAAAAUGGUGAGUUUUUGUGUACCAUUGAUUAUUUUCUGUCACGACCAUGCAAAAGACUGACUUCUAUUCGUGGUGCAAGAACAGAGCCCACUUUACUUUUAAAACCUAUAUUGUACUCUGCAACAUCCUGGGCCAUCAUAGUCAAUAAUAUUAUAAGGCUGGGCUAGGUUAGUGGGGUGAUAAUUAGUGGAAUCAGCUUGAGCUAGGCUUUGAAAGUUUCCUCUACCCUAAUCCACAGAUUGCUCUGUGACCAUGCUCAAUUAGAUAUUUGCUUCUUUCAGCUGAAGAGGAGUAUAAAGCCACCUGAGAUCCCCUCUAAGCAUGUACGGAACUGGAUUCCCAAAGUUCUGGAGCAGAGAAGACACGGUCUGGAACUCUACCUACAGGUAAUGAGAAUACAACCACAGGCCUACAACUGACUAGUUCCUCUGAAUCCACACACUCAAUCUUUUGUAUCAAUAGGCCUACAUUUAGCUUUUUCCCCUGACUUCCAUUUGCUUUUGUUUUUCUUGUGUCUGUUAUUCAACAGACUAUAAUUAUGGAGAAUGAAGUUCUCCCAAAGAUAUUCCUGGAUUUCCUCAACAUCCGCCACUUUCCCUCGCUGCCAAAAACAGAAAGUUGUGGGUGAGUUUUUAUACAAUGUGCCCUGUAAAAGCGGGGCUACUUUUAGAACAUCUCAUCUGUGCAAUAAAAUAGUUCCUCUAUAUAACAUCUCCAAACUGAUUGUCAAUCUUGCCUUUUUUCUUUUUCUUUAAAGGUCAUUUGAAACUGAAUCUGAAGAGUCAAGGUUUGUUAAGUGAUUUUUAUGUUGUAUAGUUGAUUAGGUUUAUAGUAGUGUAUGUGUUGUAGGCUAAUUCCAAAGUAUAAUGUCAAAAUGCAAGUUCAGAUUGCUAACUAUUCUGAGUAAUUUUAUCAGAACAUUGGCUUUAUUAGACUUGUGAACCUUCACCACCUUGACUUCUCCUUCUCCUUUCUGGUCUCUCUAGUAAACUGACCCAUCAGCCGGCCAUGCUCUACCAUAGAGACCCCUACCUGCUCCCGUCCACCCACGGUAACAUAUCUUUACACAUCUUCAGACUGCCCAUGAAUAUACAGUCAAUAUGGUUGCAAUAUUAAAGAGAUCUAUUUUGUGUAAUAUUUAAUCAAGUCAAGUGUAUUUGUCAUAUGCACAGGAUACACAUGGUGGACACAGUACAAUAAAAUGCUCUCCCUCAAUAAUGCGACAACAAAAAGAAUAGAAAAAAAUAGUACUACAAAAUAGAAAAUAGAAUCUCGAUGGAAUACAAAUGAUCAUGUAAAUACAAUAAUAAUUUGAAGGGGAAAUGUAAUAUUGUAUAGAACAAAUCGGUUUUACUUUGCUUUGUUCCCCCCAUAGAUACAUUUUGUAAUGUUGUCAUAGAAGGAGUGAUACAUGGAAUAUUCUACCCAGACCUUCAACCAAGGUAGAGUGACUGUAUGCCAGCUUGGAGGACUUACUACUAACUCAUGAAGAGAAAGAGAUGAUUAAGAAAUUAACAGCUAGUAAGAGUCUGAAUUUUGUAAACAUUCUAAUAGUUGUGUGUGGAUAUAACAUUUUGUAGUUUGUUUCUGUGUUAAUGAAUAUCUUGAUAAUAUUUUAGAGCAAAUGCCUCAAAGAAAUGCAUUUUCUGAAUAAUUGUUAUUCAAAGAAUAACACUAUCAUGAUGUUAUGACAACAUUUAAGGUAAUGCAUAUGCAUAUAGGCUCGGCCUCAUGGACCCACAGGCUGUAUCCAUCUACUAAUGGUCUUUCACUCAAAUUAAGGUGAGACCUUGAGCAGUUUUACACUGUGAUAUGUUGGUGAAAUAACAUUACUAGGUCAAACACUUAACUCUAAUAUAUUAGCUAUGGAUUAAUGAAGGGCAACUGAUCAAACACAUCAAACGGGUGAUAAAAAGCUGAAAUAUAAAAAGGGAAGCUGAACUUGUACUGUCAGUGUAAUAAGCUGUCUUAUGUUCGUCUGCCUUACCUCAACUUUGAGUGUGUCCCUUUAUUUUAAGAAGAUCAAUGUGGUACAUUGCUGGUCUUUUUGAACUUGGGACUGCUGCUGUAAACCUACUGGGACUGCUGCUGUAAACCUACAAAAAGGCCAUUUACAUGCCAGUCAUUUUUGAUCCAAUUUAAAGUGACUGAAGCACUACAGAUCUUAGCGAUGCAGUAAUGUUCCGCAUAUGGUCAUGCUGUGUGUGUAAUUGAUAAGCCUCAUACACAGUUGAUACUUUUUCGAAGUAAGUUGAGCUUAGUUGGUCUAACAUUACUUUGUCAUUCAUUAGACAAUUAUGGGUGGCUAAUAAUAUAGAUACUCUAAAAGACAUGAGGAUGGUCUGGACAUUCUGUUGACUAGAAUUCUCUGUCAUCCUUGAUAUUUCUAUCCAAUGUGGUCUCUGUAAUGUGGGGUGGACAUUAGCACACUUAAAGCUAGAAUCCUUUAAUAAAACAACAGUGGUCAUCCUGCAUCCAUUUCGAUAGAAAGCUGAGGGAUGGGGCUGGAGA